AUGAGCCGCCCGCCCGCGCUGCAGGCGCUGACCUGCGGGCCCUGGGAGAUGCGGGAGCGCCUCGGCACCGGCGGCUUCGGCAACGUCAUCCGCUGGCACAACAAGGAAACCGGCGAGCAGGUGGCCAUCAAGCAGUGCCGGCAGGAGCUGAGCCCGCGCAACCGCGACCGCUGGGCGCUGGAAAUACAGAUCAUGAAGAGACUGAACCAUCCCAACGUGGUGGCUGCCCGUGAUGUCCCUGAGGGGAUGCAGAAGCUGGCACCAAAUGACUUGCCACUGUUGGCCAUGGAGUACUGCCAAGGUGGAGACCUCCGCAAGUACCUGAACCAGCUGGAGAAUUGCUGCGGCUUGCGGGAAGAAGCUAUUCUUAUCUUGUUAUCUGACAUUGCUUCUGCUCUCAGAUACCUUCAUGAGAACAGGAUCAUCCACAGAGACUUGAAGCCAGAGAACAUUGUGCUGCAGCAAGGAGAACAAAGGUUAAUACACAAAAUCAUUGACCUUGGUUAUGCUAAGGAGCUGGAUCAGGGUAGCCUGUGCACAUCCUUUGUUGGGACUCUGCAGUACCUGGCUCCAGAGCUGCUGGAACAGCAGAAGUAUACAGUGACAGUGGAUUACUGGAGCUUUGGCACGCUUGCCUUUGAGUGCAUUACAGGCUUCCGACCAUUCCUCCCCAACUGGCAGCCAGUGCAAUGGCAUACAAAAGUGCGUCAGAAGAGUGAGCUGGAUAUUGUUGUUUCAGAGGAUUUAUCUGGAGAAGUCAAGUUUUCUAGCAGUCUGCCCUGCCCAAAUAAUCUGAACAGUGUUUUGUCUGAGAGGCUGGAGAAAUGGCUGCAGCUCAUGUUAAUGUGGCACCCACGUCAGAGAGGUACAGAUCCUACGUACGGACCCAACGGGUGCUUCAGAGCUUUGGAUGACAUUUUGAACUUGAAGUUGCUUCAUGUUUUGAACAUGGUCACGGGAACUGUGCACACCUACCCUGUGACAGAGGAGGAGACUCUGCAGAGUGUGAAGGCCAGGAUUCAGUCAGAUACAGGAAUUCCAGAACAAGACCAGGAACUACUGCAGGAAGCAGGACUUGCAUUGUUUUCUCAGAAGCUGGUCACUAAACAUACAACUGAUAGCAAGGUGAAUGAUACUGCAGCUGCAGACACAGACCUUCUCUUCCUCUUUGAUACCAAGAAAGUUUCCUAUGAGGCUCAGGUGGCCUUGCGACCUCAUCCAGAAAGUGUUGACUGCAUCCUCCAGGAUCCAAAGAAGAAUCUGCACUUUUUCCAGCUGCGGAAGGUGUGGGGUCAGAUCUGGCACACGAUCCGGAUGCUGAAAGAGGACUGCAACCGCCUUCAGCAGGGGCAGCGAGCAGCCAUGAUGAAUCUGUUGCGUUACAACAGUACCCUCUCGAAGAUGAAGAACUCAAUGGCCUCCCUUUCUCAGCAGCUGAAAGCAAAGCUGGACUUCUUUAAAACAAGCAUCCAGAUCGAUCUGGAAAAGUAUAAAGAGCAGAUUGAAUUUGGAAUUACUUCUGAGAAGCUGCUGUUUGCCUGGAAAGAGAUGGAGCAAGCUGUGGAACUUUGUGGGCGGGAGGAUGAUGUGGACCAGUUAGUGAAGAGGAUGAUGGCCCUGCAGACAGACAUUGUGGACCUGCAGAGAAGCCCACUAGGUCGUAAACAAGGAGGAACACUGGAGGAUUUAGAAGAACAAGCCAGAGAGCUGUACCGAAGACUGAGAGAGAAGCCAAGAGAUCAGAGGACAAGUGGUGACAGCCAGGAAAUUGUACGACUGCUCCUACAGGCAAUCCAGACCUUUGAAAAAAAAGUUCGAGUCAUUUAUGCUCAGCUCAGCAAAACAGUAGUUUGCAAACAGAAGGCAUUGGAGUUGUUCCCCAGAGUGGAGAAAGUGAUGACUCUGAUGAGUGAAGAUGAGGAAACAGUUGUUAGGCUUCAGGAGAAACGACAGAAAGAACUGUGGAACCUCCUGAAAAUUGCUUGUAGUAAAGUACGUGGUCCUGUUACUGGCAGUCCAGAGAGCAUGAACACAUCACGUCUUGGUAGCUCGGGUCAGCUGCUGCUGCAGGUCCCUUCUGGAACAUACAAUUUGUCAGACUCUGUAAGGAAAAGUGAGGAGCUACUGCUGGAAUCUCGGAAACUUUGUAGCCAACUAGAAAAUGUGAUGCAUGACACAAUGAAGGAUCAAGAGCAGAGCUUUUUGGCUCUAGACUGGAGCUGGCUGCAGCUUCAGGUGGAAGAAACAAACAGCCCAGGACAAACGGAGAUGUAAAAUCACUUUGGUUGCCUCUGAAGCCAUGCUACUUUGGGAAGCCAACUGUGAAAAGCUGCUGCUCUGAGAAGGGAACAUCAAUUGCCUCCUUAUACUGUCACCAACUGCUUAUGUGAGACACAUGGCCUUAGCUUUUAGUACCCACUUCUCAGACACUUUUUCACACAGAUACAGUAGGGAAUGCCUGUUCUUAACUGCUUGGAAAAUGUUCUUAAUUGUGCCUUAAGACAGCAGAUACUCUGUCCUGAUAAAUCUUCCCUUAGGCAUCACCUGUGGCUGUUUUGCUGCAAUUUAGGCUUUCUAAUGAACAAUGGACAGAUACCCAGUCACUGGUAAUGUCACCUUCCUAAUGAACUGUGAACUUAAUUUCUUAACUUUGCUGAUUUGCACUUUUUUUUCUUUAAGUGUAAUGGUUGUACUUACCUAAUACUUGUUUCCUGUAUGGGAACGAAAUUAUCUAAAACAUGUAAACUUUUGGUUCGCUCUUUUUGAUGCGCUCAAUAACAUUUUAAUGGAAAAAGCUGCUUUCACUGUGCGGGUCUCUAAAACGUGAGAGGUGUAAGAAUGUUAUCCUAGAAACCACAGGAGAAGGAAAUCUUCAGUGUACAGGUAUCUUGUAACAAAGCAUUUGCAGAUUAUCUAUUAAUUAUGCUAAAAGUUGCAUGAAAAGGAAAAAAAAAAAGACCAAAAAACCCAGCUGGAUGGAAACUUGGUGAGAGUCAACACACACCAACCUUGUGUUCUGACCG